CUUUUAAUAAUUUAACUUAAAAUAUUAUACCAAAUACAAGAUGAGUUUCAAUAACAAUAUUCUUUCAAAAAUAAAAAGUAUCGAUGCAGAAGAUUUAUAUUUGAUUGAAAAUGAUUUAUGUUUUUACGAAAAGGUAUCGUUAGCGUUUUUGCUAUUUGCUGAUUCAAAAACAAAUGCACAAUUCAUUUUACAAAAACUACUAAUUAUAUCAUCAGCUCCAGAUACAACGACAGAUAUUUUAAUCAGCUAUACACAAGUAAAUCAAAAGAACUGGAAGUCAUAUCUUGUGGAAGCCUUAGCAAUUAUAAAAGCCAAUAAAGUUUUGCGAAAGCUUGGUUUGCGCCUUUCAGACGUCCGAAACCAUUUCCUGCCACACAUACCGGAAAUGAGUUUACACAUUAAUCCAAUUGUCAAAGUGCUUUACUCAAUGUGUGAAAUGCUUACGCCCAUCGAUGCUGGUAAACUUGUAUUGGAAGUUCGUGAUACAAUAAGUCCCCAAGAUCAUUUACGUUUUUACAAUUUUGACUAUUUGGAAAUUUUUCUACUCGACUGGAUAACGAAACGUGUCAUAGAUGCAUCUGGUAGUGAAACAACAGAUAUUUCUAUCCUCAUUGAUUAUUUUAAACUUAAUAGUUUACAAAAUAUGAGAGAUAUGUUGGCAUAUUCGUUAAGAGAUAUCAAUAUUCGAACAAAUGAUAGUGCAAGAAGAGAAUCUAAUGAAUUGCAAAGUAAUAAUUUUGUCAAUGACUGUUCGAGUUCUAGUGCAGAAGCCUAUCAGCGUCCAGAAGUCUUUCAACGUCUAGAAGUCUAUCAUCGUCCUGUGGAAUUGAAAAUGGGUAAUUGUUAUAAAAUCGAAAAAGAAAGUGCAGGAUUUGUAUUAAUAAUCAACGAACAAAAAUUUCAUAGGUCAACAAAUCCCGAGUUACAGCAUCUCCUGCCGAAAAAAUCAUUACUGGAACGUUCAGGGACAGAUGAAGAUAAAUUAGCAUUAGAAAAAACAUUUUCAUCCUUUGGUUAUAGACCAAUCGUUAGGGAUGAUUUAAAUCACAUUGAAGUGUUGAGUAAUGUUCGUGAAAUCGUAAGGCGUUCAAUCAUGUACGAUUCGUUAAUUGUAUGCAUUCUAACUCAUGGCUGUGAAGGUUCUGUUUAUGCAUGCGAUAGCAUACCGAUAAAAAUAGAUGAUAUCAAAAAAAUAUUAACUGAAAAAUCAUUGAUUCGUAAACCAAAAAUGCUUAUAAUUCAAGCAUGUCAAGGUACUAAUCUUCAAAGAGCCAGACAUGACGACAAUUUGGAGAGUGACGCACCUGAAGAAGAUGCCACAGAUUAUGGAGAUAUGGUGCAAGCAAUGUCUACAGUUCCUGGAUUUGCCUCAUUGCGUCACACGAGGACAGGAUCUUGGUUUAUACAAACUUUGUGUGAAAAAAUCAAUGAGUUAGGCGAUAGCGAACACAUAUUAGAUAUUUUAACUGAAGUGAACGAUGAAGUUGGGAAUAAGAGAGGAUUUGAUAAUGCAUGCAUGACUCCAAUAUCAUCUCAAACACUUAGAAAAAAGUUUCGGUUACCUAGUCGCUUGGUUUAAUGGCUAAGCCAUUAACUAUUGUAAUUAUUGAUAA